AUGGAAAAUAGCAAAGCGGUGGACGAAGGCAGUGGAAAAGAGGAUGAUAGCCUGAUCACCUACUGUGUGACAGGAGCAACAGGUUACAUUGGGUCAUGGCUGGCCAAGUCUCUCCUUCAAAAAGGCUAUAGGGUACACGCCACAGUCCGUGAUCCUGAGAAGUCAUUGGGUUUAUUAACAUCGUGGGGAGGUGGUGACCGGUUGAGAUUGUUCAGAGCUGAUUUAGAAGAGGAAGGAAGCUUCGAUGAGGCUGUAAAAGGCUGCUAUGGCGUGUUUCAUGUUGCAGCUUCGAUGCAAUUAGGAGUUCCUGUGAAACAGACUGUUGACAAUUAUGCUCAAACAAAUAUCAUAGAGCCCGCAAUCAAAGGAACGCUAAACGUUCUCAAAGCUUGCUUGAAAUCUAACUCUGUGAAGAGGAUUGUCUUCACUUCAUCCAUCAGUACUAUGACCGCCAAAGACAGCACUGGAAAAUGGAGAACUGUAGUUGAUGAAUCUUGCCAGAGUCCCGUUAAUCAUGUAUGGAAUGCUAAAGCAAGUGGAUGGGUAUAUGUACUCUCAAAGCUUCUAACAGAGGAGGCAGCAUUCCAAUUUGCAAGGGAGAACAAUAUUGAUAUGGUGUCGGUUAUAACAACCACCGUUGCUGGCCCAUUCCUCACUUCAACUGUUCCGUCAAGCAUUCAAGUUCUCUUGUCACCCAUAACAGGCGACCCAGAAUUGUUCCCAAUACUAUCUGCAGUAAAUGAAAGAAUGGGGUCUAUUGCUUUGGUUCACAUACAAGACAUAUGCAAUGCCCACAUAUUCCUUAUGGAGCAUGCUAGAGCAGAAGGUCAAUAUAUAUGCUGCACCAAGAGUUGUGUUAUGUCUGAAUUGGUUGAUCAUCUUGCUAAAGAGUAUCCUUGCUCUAACUUACAAAGGCAUAUCAAGAAAGAACAUGAUUCAGUCCCUUCCAUGAUUUCUUCAAAAAAGUUAAGCGAUUUGGGAUUUGUUUACAAGUACGCCGUACAAGAUAUAAUUCAUCAUACUAUUACUUCUUGCUUAGAUUAUGGCUUUCUAUCUCCCAUCUGAAAGUAACAGCUACUAUGUAUAGGCAGAG